CGUAGAGGUGUGAGUUGAAUGUCAGGAUUAGAUACAUCAUGUCACGCACUUGUAGAAGUCCGGUGAGUUUUAUGCAUCUGUCGAUAUGCCUUCUCUGUAUAUGUUUCAGUCUGUGUAAUGCGGAAAUACUUAAGAGCCAGAACAGCGUAGCUCAGAGCAACACUAAAUCCAAUCCCAAAGUCGACAAUCUUAGUAACAAUAACAACAACAUGAAUAACAAUAUUAAUAAUAACGAACAAGAAAGCGAUGCUAUAGCAUCUAUACACUCACAGAUAGAUGUCGAUAAUGAUGGGGUAGUAAAUCUACGUGAAUCGGCAGGGUUCCUACAAUCCCUGAUAGAGAAUGAUCGCGAACGGAAGCGCAAAGACAAGGCUUUCCAUCUAUUUGACUCAGACCAGGACGACGAUGACUUCGUAUCUGUGGGUGAAUUACAAGCCGCUUGGUUGGUGAGUGCAGUACGUUCUUGGACAGUGGAAGAUGUGGUAUCCUGGGUGGCAUCUAAGCCGGAUUUGGCUGCAUAUGCGCCUGCGUUACUGGAGAAGGGUGUGAGUGGAAAACUACUGCCUGUGGUGGCCAUGGGAAAAGGGAAAAUGCUGCAGAAAUGGGGAUUUUCGGCGAAAGAGGCGGAGAAGUUGUCGCAGGCGAUUAUACUGGAAACUAUGUUUCCCUCUACUCCGACAUGGCAGGUGAAAGACGCAGUGCUGGGUGUGUGUAUCCUGUUGCUGGUACUAUCGGGUACAGGCUUGUGGUUCACAUCAAAGGGGACCAAAGAAUUGGAUACGCAAUUGCAGAAGAUGAAAGAGGAGCUCGAGAACGCUACAUUUCAGUUAGAGAAGGAGUCGAAAAAUCACGAGUUUGUACGAGGCGACGACGGCGGCACAGGGCCUGGGAGUCUUAUGAAUAGCGACGAUGACCUAUCAUCAACAGCUGUGCAUUUUCCGAAUAGCAACAGAAAUUCGCCAACGAUACGAAAUUUCAGUCAUACUCAGUUAAACGAUCUUGAAAG